CUUUGCAUUUUUCGGUCGGGUUUCAGUGCCGGUCGGCUAAGCCAUGGUUCUGGACUAGCCAUAUACCCAGCGAUGGUAGAUUUCACCCAUGCAUGGGAAACUGAUCCCAGGAUUCCAGAAUAAUUUCACCCAGCGAUGGGAGAUAUUACCCAUCGAUGGGUAAGCAGCCUUCAUCCCAAUUGAAUUCCACAACCAUGCCAAACAGCGAUGGGAAGCUUUACCCAUCGCUGUUCAAGCCUUGGUCCAACAUUAUCACAAGGCAGAAUGCCCUUACCCAGCGAUGGGAAGCUUUACCCAUCGAUGGGAACCCAGCGAUGGGAAGGCUUAACCAUCGAUGGGAAGGCAUGACCAUUGUGAGUCAUUUAAGGCUGAUUCUUUCCUUGUUUGAAAGUCAACCUCCCACCCAGCGAUGGGAAGCAUUUACCCAUCGAUGGGUAGGUGACCGUUGGCUUCAAAACUGAAGGAAAUUUGGCAUACCCGCGAUGGGUGAGUCUAAACAUCGAUGCGAAGCCAAUAUCCUGCAGAUCCCAAAUUUAUUCAAUCCCAUAAAUCAAGCCAAUCACCCCUUUAAUGUAUUGGUCCGUUGGAGCCUUUUUUGGCACUAUAAAAAGGGGUGUUUGGGUCUGCUUUACACAUCAAUUCACUUCACUUUAUUCAUAUUAUCAUUGCAUCCAAACA